AAUAACAUUGGCAAACAUUCGUUUGGUAAAAUUGCUGAUUUAGACCAAUUACCCAGACAGCCUAUCCAUGCACUUAAAGUACUUUUUGAAAAUAAUACUUUGCUAGUAAUUAAAUCAUUUAUUUAA